UGCACGAGACUUAGUGCCUGCGCCGGAUCAACAAUGACAAUGAGCUCGAACACCUCAUAUACCUGGUGCCACGCCUUGAGCGCUUUGCGAUCAAGGUGUAAUGAAUUCAGAAUGGCGUCUAAACGUUCAUUGGCCGCUUUGAACCGACUAUUGGCUUCUCGGAAUGUUAACGUCUCCAUGACAUGCUGAUACUUUAUUGGUUUGAAAAGGCGAAAAAAUCAACGGAUAUUUGCAGUGUUGCUAAUUUUUCAUGCCAGAACUGGCAGACUGCCGUCUGAGUUUACUUCGCCAACAAUCAAUAAGCUUUACAACAGUCUUUACAUACUUUUCUUCUUCUUUUUAUGUCGUCAGUGCAAAACCCACCCAGAUUUUACGACACCAGUUCUAGCCGUGCAAACGCUGAAUUGGAAUCAUUGAUGGAUACUUCUGCGACUAGCCAACGUCGGGUUGAUACUACAAUCCAGGAGUUAUCUCUUAUGCCGGAGAUCCAACGUAAAGAUUUAUUACUUUACGUAAAGCGGUUUUGGGAAACAUGGCGAACAGUGACCAAUGAUCCGUCCAAAUCGUUUGGAACCGAAGCCAAGCGUAAGCAAUUCUACAAGAUAGUCAUACAGACACCUUAUUCCUUACCUGAAAUGACAGGUAAUGCUUCCCCACACCCACUUUUCUGGGAACUCUCGAAAACCACACAUCGAAAGAACCGUACAUCGUUACUGUACAUGAAUGACGAUCAAUCUAAAAAAGGAAAAAAAACAGGUCAAAGAUUUCGCGUAGGGGAGAGCUGUGUACAAAUCUACAGCGGUCAUUAGCAGCAUCGCUUCACGUAAUUGAAUACUCACGGCGGGUAUCGAUAUCUUAGAAGAAUACGUUAAUGAUAUUGCAUCGGAAGAAGCAAGUCGCA